CAAUGCCUCUCUAUUUCCAGACAGACACAUGACUCACUGACGCGAGGAGAGGGGAUGAGCUUUCUGUGAGAGUUGUUUGAGUGUCGCCCCUGGCUUCAGAAAGGCGCAGUGUUUUGGUGCGAGUGACACCAUGGGUCCCGUCCGUAUUCUUCUGCUCGUCAGUCUUUACGAGCUGGCAGAUUCUCUCACCCGAACUUAUUACCUCGCCGUCAAAGAAGAGGUCUGGGACUACGCGCCCGUAGGCAUCAACGAGCUUACGAACCAGGACCUGGAACAGGAUGAACAUGCAUCAGAGUUUCUAAAAAGUGGUGAAGACAGGAUUGGGAAAUUGUACAAGAAGGCCGUGUAUAAGCAGUUUACGGAUGGAACAUAUUUGACUGAGGUUCCCAAAUCUGUUUGGCUGGGAUUUCUAGGCCCAGUGCUCAGGGCUGAAGUGGAAGAUGUGAUUAUCAUUCGCUUCAAAAACUUUGCAUCUCGUCCCUACUCUGUGCAUCCACAUGGAGUCUUCUAUGAAAAAGAUUCUGAAGGUGCUUUUUAUCCUGAUCGUACAUCUGGUAAGCAUAAGAUGGAUGAUGCUGUUCCACCAGGGGGAAAUCACACAUACAAAUGGAUAGUAAAGAAGCAGUAUGCACCAACAGAUGCUGAUCCAAAUUGCUUAACAUGGAUUUACCAUUCCCACGUGGAUGCUCCAAAGGACAUUUCAUCAGGUUUGAUUGGAGCACUGUUAACAUGUAAAAAAGGAAUUUUGGAUGAGGAGACACUGAAACGUAAAGAUGUUGACCGGGACUUUGUCUUAAUGUUCAGUAUUGUGGAUGAAAAUCUGAGUUGGUAUCUAGAUGAUAAUAUUAAUAAGUAUUGCACCAUGCCAUCUACAGUUGACAAGGAUGAUGAAGACUUUCAGGAAAGCAACAAAAUGCAUUCUAUCAAUGGUUAUGUUUUUGGAAAUUUACCUGGCCUGAACAUGUGCAGUGGUCAGUCUAUUUCCUGGCACUUGUUUUCCAUUGGAAAUGAAGUUGACGUUCACUCGGCAUAUUUCCAUGGCCAGACCCUCAUUAACAGAGGUCAUAAAGUGGAUGUUGUUAGUCUUUUUCCAGCUUCCUUUAUCACAGCACAAAUGGUUCCCAGAAAUGUUGGAAAAUGGCUACUAAGUUGCCAAGUCAAUGACCAUAUUAAAGCUGGUAUGCAAGCAUUGUUUGUGGUGCAGGGUUGUGACCGCAAUUAUUCAGAGACUACACUAACUGGUAAAGAGAGAAAAUACUUUAUUGCAGCUGAAUUGGAGCAGUGGAAGUAUGGCCCCACAAACAAGAACUUAUUUAAUGAUCAGCCACUAGAUGCAGAAGGAAGUAAUUCUGAGAUUUUCUUCAAAAAAAGUGCAGAUAGAAUAGGAGGAGAAUACUGGAAAGUGCGAUAUGUUGAAUAUGUUGAUGAAACAUUUAGCACUAGGAAAAAUCGAUUACCAGAGGAGAAACAUCUAGGAAUACUUGGCCCAGUGAUCAAAGCUGAAGUUGGAGACACCAUUAUUGUUACUUUUAUGAAUAAUGCAGAUCGUGCCUACAGCAUUCAGCCUCAUGGGGUGUAUUUUACCAAGGAGUUUGAUGCAACAAACUAUGUUGAUGGUUUUGAAAGAAAUGGUUCACACGUUGAGCCUGGAACAUCCUUCACCUAUAAGUGGACUGUGCCACAGCAUGUUGGACCUACAGUAAAUGAUCCACCUUGCCUGACUUGGAUGUACUACUCAGCCACCAAUAUUGUGGAGGACACCAAUUCUGGCCUUAUUGGACCAUUGAUUGUCUGCAGGCAGAACACAUUAAAUCAAGACGGUUCACAGAAAUAUAUUGACCAGGAAUUUUACCUGUUGUAUACAGUCUUUGAUGAGAAUCUUAGCUGGUAUCUCUCAAAGAAUUUGGAGACGUUUAUUCAAAAUACUUCUAAUGUUGAUUUGAAGGAUGAAGAAUUUCAAGAAUCAAACAAAAUGCAUGCUAUUAAUGGUUACAUGUUUGGUAAUCUGCCUGGACUGGUGAUGUGCAAGGGUGACAAUGUUUCAUGGCAUUUGAUUGGACUGGGCACUGAAAUCGACAUGCAUGGCGUUUACUUUCAAGGCAACACAAUCCAAAUGCGAGGGACAACCCGUGACGUGUACAGUCUGUUUCCUCAUACUUCUGCAACAGUCUUCAUGCAGCCUGAUGAUGUUGGCACCUUUAAGGUCAUUUGCCGAACAGCUGAUCACUAUAUGGGUGGAAUGAAACAAUUGUAUCAGGUUACAAACUGCAAUAAAAGUAUCCCAGACCAGACAUUUGGGAUAAUCCAUACAUACUACAUCGCAGCAGUGGAGAUGGAUUGGGACUAUUCACCUGACAGGAGUUGGGAGCUGGAAAGAUUCAAUACAACUGAAGAAGAAAGUCCUGGCCAUGUGUUUGUUGGUACAGGGGAAGGUAAACUCGGGUCAAAGUACAGAAAAGCUGUUUACAGGGAGUUUACGGAUGGAACAUUUACCACACAAAAAAUAAGAUUACCAGAAGAACAGCAUUUGGAAAUAUUAGGUCCAGUCAUCCGAGCAGAGGUUGGUGAUGUUAUCCUGGUAAUAUUUAAGAACUUAGCGUCCAAGCCUUACUGUAUACAUCCACAUGGUGCUGAAGAAGUAAACGGUGGUAAAUAUCUCAAAGUACCAGUUACUAUGCCAGGUGAGAUCAAGACCUACAGAUGGAAUGUUCCAGAAAGAUCAGGUCCUGGUAAAGGGGACUCAAAUUGCAAUACCUGGAUCUAUUAUUCAGCGGUAAACUUUGUAAAGGAUCUGUACAGUGGGUUGGUUGGCCCUCUGAUUACCUGUCGUAAAGGAACACUUGAUCAGAACGGCAGGAGAAAAGAUGUUGAUCGGGAAUUUGCCUUAUUGUUCCUGGUAUAUGAUGAAAAUGAAUCCUGGUACCUGAAUGACAACAUCAGAACUAACCUUCACGUGGAUGCAACAGAGUUCAAGAAAACAGAUGAAUUUACAGAAAGCAAUAAAAUCCAUGCAAUUAAUGGGAAGAUCUAUGGAAAUCUUCAUGGACUGACCAUGUUUAAAGGAGACAAGGUUGACUGGUAUUUGUUGGGAAUGGGGAAUGAAGUAGACAUGCACACGGUUCAUUUCCAUGCACAGAGCUUUAUCUAUAAGAUGAGAAAUGAUCACAGAGCAGAUGUGUACGAUCUCUUCCCUGGCACAUUCCAGACAAUUGAAAUGGUUGCAUCAAAUCCCGGAACUUGGCUGUUACAUUGCCAUGUAACUGACCACAUUCAUGCUGGCAUGGAAACUGUUUAUACUAUCCUGAACCAGACAGAUGGUGCAGGGGUUACUGUGAAAAGCCAGUCUACAGAUUCUGCAGCAAAUGGUGGUACUGCAUUAACAUUAGACUUCUUUGGGAACAAGCUUGAUAAAAAAGAAGUCAAACUAAUGCUGGCGUUGCUCCUCAUUAUCGGGGCCCUUCUAUUGCAGAGGCUGCUUUGACUACAUUUGCACAAUGAACGAGCAGUCAAGCCACCUCGAUUGUAUAUGCAGCUAACUCAAAGAAGCGCGCCUGCAUUGGGUUGUUUGCAGCCAUGCCCGUGCAGGGCUGAGAUGGGAGCAGCAGGAGAUGGCGCCGGAGAGCAGGCAACUGGCUGCCCAUUAAGAUGCCAAUGAAGAUCUGGUUCAUUUUAUGAAGUCAAAAGAAAAAUAUAUCUAAAAAUCGGAAGGGACUUUUUAACAAAUGAAAUUACUCCAGGGUAAACAGUCUGGUAACUUGUUUAGAGCAAGAAAAGCAUCAAAGCAUCUAAAUUUCUCCACAGCUGGUGUAAUCUUCCAUUCCUUGAUCUUUCUGCCCCAUAUCAAGCAUGGCUGCAUUCACUCUGCACUAUUAUUUAUUAUCCUGGAGAACGAUGAUAACUCAUCAUUAUCUACCUUUAAACUGUUAUCUGAUGCUGUUCUUUAUCACCAGAGGCAACCUGUACAACUGCUUCUGCCCCUGAAACGGUGUGUUUCCCUGAACUUUAUCUGUAUUGAGAGGCAAGUCUGAUGGAUUCAUAAUCUGAAACAGACAGUGAUCCAUCCAACUCCUUGAUAAGUGAGGCCUGGGCUUCAUUCACAAGCCUGCUCGCUGGUGGGAAUGAUGACACCACUGGUGAGAGGGAUAUUAGAAUAUAGAACAGUACAGCACAGAAAUAGGCCCUUCAGCCCACAAUGUCUAUGCUGAAUACUACGCAAAAUUAAAUUAAAUCUUUCUUCUGUCUGCACAUGAUCCAUAUCCUUCCAUUCCUUGCCUAUUCAUGUGUCUAUCUAAAAGUCUCUUAAACACCACUAUCAUCUCUACUUCCACCACUACCACUGGCAGCCUGUUCCAGGCACCUAGACUUUUUGCUUUUUGUGUAAAAACAAAAUCUCCCCCCCCCCCCC